AUGGACAAUCUAUUUGUGGAGUCAAAUGUGGGGAAGAAGAGAUGUGAGUGGAAAAUUCACACAAAUCCAAUUUCUCCAAAGCUGAGACAGAGACAGUAUGCCAGGAAGAAGCUGGUUCGUGACUUCUGCAACAACAGUGACACCCUGAGUUUCCUUGGGAGGAACAGAUCAUUUGAUGACAUUCCAAAAUAUCAACUGGAAAACUUAGUUGUGGAUGACCGCCAUGGAAUCAUCUACUGUUAUGUUCCAAAAGUUGGAUGCACACAGUGGAAACGUGUCAUGAUUGUGCUGAGUGAGAGCCUGAAGGUAAAUGGGGUUCCCUACAAAAAUCCUUUGGAUAUUCCAGAAAGCCAUGCGCAAAUAAAAUCAAACCUUGUUUUCCUCAACCAGUUUCCACGGCACGUGAUGAAAGAAAAGCUUGAGAAGUACACAAAGUUCAUUUUUGUCCGACAUCCAUACGUUAGACUCAUCUCUGCAUACAGGGACAAGUUUGUUAAGGAAAACCAGGAAUUCUACACAAGGUAUGGUGUUCAUAUGUUGAGGAAAUAUGGCAAUAACUCCAGUCCCCCUGCCAAAGUGAAAGAUGCGCAUGCUGCUGGUGUUUUUCCAUCUUUCUCAGACUUCAUCCAGUACCUAACAGAUCCUGAAACAGAGAAAUUUAGACCUUUUGAUGAACACUGGAGACAGGCAUAUCGUCUUUGUCACCCUUGCCAGAUAAAUUAUGAUUUUAUCGGAAAGAUGGAGACUGUCGAGGAAGAUGCUGCACACUUGUUUCGUAUGCUACAUGUAGAUAAUAUUGUGGAGCUCCCACCAAGCUACAGCAACAAAACAACAGAGUCCUGGCUGAGAGACUGGUAUGCAAAUAUUCCCUAUGACUGGAAAAGAAAUCUUUACAAAGUCUAUGAAACAGACUUCAAACUGUUUGGAUACUCUGAUCGCUGGCAUCAGUGA